AUGCCUGGAAACAACCAGACUAUCAUCUCCUAUUUUCUCCUUCUGGGCCUGCCCAUACCCCCAAAGCACCAUCACCUAUUCUAUGCCCUGUUCCUGGCCAUGUACCUCACCACCAUCCUGGGGAACCUCAUCAUCAUCAUACUCAUUCGACUGGACAACCAUCUCCACACACCCAUGUACUUUUUUCUAAGCAACUUGUCCUUCAAUGACCUCUGCUUUUCUUCUGUCACAGUGCCCAAGUUGCUGCUGAACAUGCAGAGCCAAGUACCAUCCAUCCCAUAUGCAGGUUGCCUUGCACAAAUGUACUUCUUUUUGUUUUUUGGUGAUCUUGAGAGCUUGCUCCUUGUGGCCAUGGCUUAUGACCGCUAUGUGGCCAUCUGUUUUCCCCUUCAUUACACCAGCAUUAUGAGUCCCAAGCUCUGUAUGAGUCUGUUGCUACUAUCCUGCAUGCUGACAGCAUUGUAUGCCAUGUUGCACACUUUGCUUUUGACUAGGCUGUCUUUCUGUGAAAAUAAUAUGAUCCCCCAUUUUUUCUGUCAUCUGUCUGCUCUCCUGAAGCUGGCCUGCUCUGAUAUUCACAUUAAUGAGUUAGUGAUAUUGAUCAUAGGUGGGCUUGUUGUUAUACUUCCAUUUAUACUCAUCACAGUGUCGUAUGCCUGCAUUGUUUCCUCUAUCCUAAAGGUUCCUUCAACCCGAGGCAUACACAAGAUAUUCACCACUUGUGGUUCUCACCUAUCUGUGGUGUCACUGUUCUAUGGCACAAUUAUUGGCCUCUACUUGUGUCCAUCUGCAAAUAACUCUACUCUGAAGGAUACUGUCAUGUCUAUGAUGUACACAGUCAUGACUCCCAUGCUGAACCCCUUUAUCUACAGCCUGAGGAACAAGGAUAUAAAGGGUGCUCUAAAAAGAGUGCUUCAAAAGAAAAUACUCUUCUAA